UUGAGCAUGCGUGCAUGGUGACAAACCCACGAGACUCCACCUUCCAGUAACAAGAGAUGAUUUAUCAUGAGCACAGUGGCGACAGACGCACAGAAAUCAGCCGAUGCUUUCACAAAGCCAGUAUAUCUGAUGUGAAAGUGUUUUAUACAGCGCAGAAGGAUUAGAAUAAAAAUCCACGCGUGAGAGAACACCAGAGAGAAGACAGCGCGCAGUUUGCGAGUGGGAAGCAACACAACGGUGCAUGUGAUAAAUACAUGAUUGCACGGAAGCUUUUGCGUCGAAUUAAAACGGGCGUGUGCGACUUUAACAAAAAGAAAAAAAAAAAUGCGUUGUGAAUUGCUUAUUUAGUUAUAUAGCGAGUGCUGUUAGGUUAUAAAUAUUCCGUAAUAAAUAAUGUGGGCUGGUUUGUCUGCUUAAUAUAUGUUCAGAAAUUAAUUAAAACAUCUUAGCUAUUUUUUUCCUAGCUUUUUGUUUUCAAAAAUCGCUAAUAUAACAAAGAUAAUGGCUUCUUGAUGAGGACCAAGCGACCAACCCGGAGUCCCAAACGCAAGUUUGAUAGAUAGGGCAAACUGGAACUGGAGAUGGAACACAAGAAUUUUACAACCUACUUUUGGAGGCCUCGACCAUAUUAACCUCUUUCUGAAUUGUCUUCUCUAGCACCACGGACAGCGACCAUGAACAGGUUACGCAGGAAAGCGUGUGUGGCUCUUUUAUUGUUUACUCUGUUCAUUUUUGGUACUAUGAUGGGCCUUCGAACCCUGAAACCCACUGAUGGUUUCUCGGAUCUUGCUCCAGGAAUGGAGUUGAUGCCUUUGGUGGGAGAGCGAAUGGACCAGAGACCCAAUUAUGUAGUUGAAUCAGCAGGUCAAAAUGCUGGUGGGGGGAGUGACACCAAGAUAGUGUUCUCCAACUCUGGUCCUGACCACAGCAUAUUCUAUGACAUUCACAUCUUCUAUUAUUUAUGGUAUGGCUCGCCACAGAUGGACAGUAGUUAUAUCCACUGGGACCACGUACUGGUACCACACUGGGACCCCAAAAUAGCUGCCAGUCACCCGAAAGGACGACACAAUCCUCCAGACGACAUUGCGUCCAGUUAUUACCCUGAACUGGGACCCUACAGCUCCAGAGAUCCAGAUGUCAUUGAAUCCCACAUGUCGCAAAUCGAAGCUGCGGCUGCAGGUGUGGUGGUCCUGUCCUGGUACCCGCCUGGUGUGGCAGAUGAACAUGGCAAACCCUCAGAGGAUCUAGUGCCAGCUGUAAUGGACGCUGCCCAUAGACACAGUAUCAAGGUUGCGUUUCACCUGCAGCCCUACAAAGGUCGGACGGACCUCAGUGUGCAUGACAACAUCAAAUACAUUAUUGACAAAUAUGGGAAACAUGGGGCUUUCUACAGGUUUAAGUCCAGCACUGGGAAGGUCCUUCCACUCUUUUAUGUGUACGACUCCUACCUUAUGCCACCUGAGGCCUGGGCUGAGCUGCUAACCGUCAGAGGGUCUCACAGUCUCCGAGGAACUCCUUAUGAUGGCAUUUUCAUUGCCCUCAUUGUGGAAGAGCGCCACAAGCAAGAUAUCCAAGCUGGUGGUUUUGACGGCAUGUACACCUAUUUUGCUUCUAAUGGCUUUUCGUUUGGAUCUUCUCACCAGAACUGGAAAGCAAUCAAAGCUUUCUGUGACAAGAACAACUUACUGUUUGUACCUAGUGCAGGACCUGGUUAUAUGGACACCGCCGUCCGGCCGUGGAACAACCACAACACGCGCAACAGAGUGAAUGGACGAUAUUACGAGACCUCUUUGCAGGCAGCCAUAUCAGUAAGGCCUGAUAUAAUCACAGUAACAUCAUUUAAUGAGUGGCAUGAAGGAACUCAGAUUGAGAGGGCUGUGCCCAAGAAGACUGUGGCCCGUCUGUAUUUGGACUACAAACCCCAUCAGCCAGACCACUACCUGGAGCUCACCAGGAAGUGGGUGGAACAUUUUAGUAAGGAGAAAGAGCAGUGGCUUAUGUGAUUGGACCUUGUAACUUCUUAACAUUGUUGAGAUUUGAGUCUAACACUGACAUUGUCAAAUAUGAUCCCUCAAUUUAUGCAUACAUUUUAAAGGCAGCUAAUUAGCAAGGACAAGCCACCUUCUCUCACACAUUCAAUGAACAUUGAUAAAUAAUUGAUUUACUGUCAAUUUUCUUGAAAGAAAAUGUUUCGAUGCAAGUAUUUACAAGAACAGUUCACCCAAAAAUGAAAAUUCUGUCAUCCCAUAGUUGGUGUAAGUUACCCAUCAGCCAUCACCAGCCAUAUCUUCAUCAUGAGGCUGGCCUCGUCACUAAAAGCCUGUUUACACCUGGUCACUUUGUGUGUUUUUACUGAUCGGAUGACUAUCUGUUUUGUUAAAACUCUUCCAUAUACACUUGGUCAAAUAAAUGUGUCGGAAUAUAAAUCCAGUCUUCGAUUCCCACGCUAUAUGCACACAAACAUUAAUUUUUUUACAAUUUUGGGAGAAGUACAAUUUACAUAUGUGGCUUCAACAACCAAAUGUAUUUACAAUUGUCCAGAAAAAUCUGGAAUGCAUGUCAAACCACCUCCUGAAGUGUUUUGAGCGAUCGGGUUUAAAUCUAUCUUGAAUGUGCUUCGGAGGACAUUUACACCUGGUCUUUUCACAAUCUAUUAAUUAUCCGAUCAGAUAAAACGCAUGAAGUCAUCAGGUGUAAACAGGCCCUAAAAGACUCCAUCCUACAGCAUUUUGCUGGUCUCAUUUACAAUUUGUGAGUAUGAGCUUAUUUACAGUGACUAAUAUAUAUCAUCUUGUCUUGCUUAGCAGUUUUACAGCUGAAGGAUAAUUUGCUCAUUAUUUCAAAUCUAAAUUACAUUUAUUUAUUUCCUGGAACUCAAAAGGAGAUGUUCUGAAUGAUGUUUUUCAAUCUAUCAAAAGUGAACAGACUGUCCAAAAAAUGUAAGUUGUGAUUUGCAGAAAACCCCUGUGCAUCUCUCCAAUAUCAUUCACGCAAGCUCAUAUUCAUGCAUGGGACAUCACUAACAGCCCAAGACACGUGAGAACCAAAUCUGUUUGCCAUCACAGACUUCCAACCUGGCUCAAAGUGUCUUUAUGUGCCAUAUUUGUAUGGCUAUGAAUGCAAAUGAGAUUUCAGAGCUGCAAUUAACAUAGACUUUCAGCAAAUAAUGUGUUCUGAACACAAAACUAUAGUGCACAAUUUGUAUGGUAUGCUUUUAUAGUUUUGUUUUGUUCUAUUUUGUCAUUUUUGGAGCUCAGCAGCAUCCAUCCUCAUUCCCUAUCAUUGUAUGGAGAAGGGAAGUGUGUACAUUGUGCUAUAUUCUUCCUCCUGUAUUCCACAGAAAAAAAAAAAAGAAAAUUACAUACUGUUUGAAUUUACACGGUGCUGAGUGAAUUUGCAGUUUUAGCUAUUCCUAUAACAUUAGGCCUUGAAUUUGUGAAUUUGACUUCUACUAGCAGCAACAGUGUGGCCUCAGUAUUUAAAUACUGUACCUUACUUUUAUUGUGUGUUUGGAUGACAUUUAAAAAUGAUUGGUGGUUGUGGUUAUGGUUUGUUUGGAUAAUGGCUGGGUUUAUUUUGUUCUGUAAAUCCUAUUAAUUAUGCAUAUUGUAAUCCACGUUUAAUAUUAAACAAGGAAAGUAAAACAGUUAUUUUGCCAUAAUGCUAUAUGAUACAGGCUAUAAAAAUGUGAACAGAAUGCAUUUGUGUAAAACAAUUCUUAUGUAUAUUGUCACAUUCAAGCCAGUUUAAAUAAGAAUGUUUUUGUAAAUAAUUUACAAAAUUCAUUCUGCUCAGAGGUGCAAUAUUGCCCAAUAUUAGUAUUUAUGGAAUACUCACUGAAAUUACCUAUAACAUCAUUGAUGUGCUGUGUAGAUUAGAGAUAAGCUGAGUUUCUUUAUGCUAACUUUAUCCCUGUAGUACAUAGCACAACAUUGACAUUACUUUAUACAACUAGAGGAUGGUGUUGUCAUGUAUGAUGAAUGAUGUUUAGUUUCUGGGCAGAUUUUGGCUCGACGUUGCUUUGUGUUGUGCUAAUGUUAGCUAGUGCUGUUACAGCAGUUUAUGAAUGUCAGCCCUGCACAAAGUAACACUUAAAACAGACACGCACUUCAACAGUGUUGCAUAACCAGAGGACAAAUUACACCACACUUAACACAAUCAGCACUGUGCUAAAAUAGCCACAGAAGAAAAAAGAAAUGACAGACUUUAUUGUGACAGGGUGACUUAAGAACAAAUAAAUAUUUAUAUGGGUGUAUUCUGCUGUCUAUGCAGUGGCCAGAUAGUUGAUAUUAAAAUCCUUUCUUGUAUUCUAGUUUAAAUUUAAAGUUGAAUAUUGUUUACUGGCAGAGGGAAGGUGGCUGCAAUUAAGUAGAAAUAAGGACACCUCAAUAGUCUUUAUUGAAUAAAACAAAAACACUACAUAUCCAUACAGGUUGUAGCUUAAUAUGGGUCAAGACAAUAACUGAAAAUGAGUGAAAGCUGAGAGGGGUGUAUAUAUAUAUAUAUAUAUAUAUAUAUAUAUAUAUAUAUAUAUA